CUAGCUAGCACCAACUUUAUCAUCACUACUCCCCGACUCUCACUUGCUGAACUCUAGAUCUCAAUUCCACCCCUAUACAUAUGAUCCAGCAUGACCGCACUCUAAGUGCUCUUUGGAUGACUAAUUACGUAACCUGUAUACACAAGUCAGGUGAUUAUACCCUGCAAAAACAAAACAAGUUUUUUAGUUGUGCUCCUGAGAUACAAUUUUCUGUUUUGAAAACAGUACAAUCUAAACACCAUAAUCAACACUAAUAAAUGAACACGGAUUAGUUUUUUUGCAUUUUUGUUGCAUUCUUUUCUCAAUUUUAUGUCUAACAUAUUCACUUAAAUUUUCA